GUAUAUAAUCUUUAACGUCCAUCGGAGCUCUUUCUGACGACCCUUCCUUCAUACGCAGGUUCAUCCAAGAGGAUCUAAAAUGACGUUAAUGUCUGCAGCCCCAGUUCCCCUCCUGCUGCUCUGCUUCGUCAGCCGCACAUGUGCCGUGAACAUCACCUCGACCCCCGGAGCCAACGGCGCGGGCGUCGUUCAGGUGCAGCUCAACGGGGCCGUGACCCUGACCUGCACGGCGGAGGCCGCUGACGGAGAGCUGGUGUGGCUCAGGAACGGCGCCACCGUCAGUCUGAGGGAGCAAAACAAAAAGGCUUCCAGCAGUUUGUGCGUCACACCCGCCAUCCAUGAAGAUAACGACGCCACGUUCACGUGUCACCUGGGCAGCAACGCGUCAGAGACGGCGUCCGUCACCCUGAACGUCACAUAUCCCCCACAAGCCUCUGGGUCGGAGCAGGUCGCGGUGGAGAAGGAGGCCCAGCUGCUCCUGCAGUGUGACAUCUGGGCCAACCCCCCCGUGUCCUCCGUGGCCUGGACUCUCAACGGCAGCGUGGUGGACCUGGUAGCGGGGGGCUUCACCGUGACCAACGACGGCUUCAGCAGCUGGCUGCAGGUCCACCGCGCCGACCAGAGCCUGCAUGAAGGCACAUAUCAGUGCACGGCGCAUUACUCCAUCAACGGGACCCACCCCGUCCCCGGGACCUACAGCAAGGAGUUCCAGGUCACCGUGACGGAAAAGACCCUGAAGUUCCCUAUGAUGCCCAUGAUAGCCGGGGUGGUGGUCGUGUUCCUCACGUCGCUUCUGGCCGUGGUUUCAAGGUGGAAAACAAUCACAAAGUGCUGCAAGUAAGCCGUGCAGAAGUGACCUGGCCUCCGCCCUUUACCCACGAGAGAAGACGUGGAGGCAUCACGACUCGUCAUGUAGAAAAGAAUUUGACCAAGAUUUUGUGUACCUAGUUAUUUAAUUUCUUUAAUGUAUUUGUCUUAUUUAAAGGGAUGUUUUGACUAAACCGAAUGCUUAUAUCUGUAUUUGAGUAUGAAGCUACAGCUCAGCGUCACCAGCACACAAUAUUCCAUAUCAAUUUGUGUAUUUAUAAAGCUCUGUGUGGUUAUUUGGAGUUAACUAGACCCUUUAAAAGGUUUCAUUAUGUACAUAUUUAAUUUUUAACCUCAUAACACAAUCAAAGGUCAGUCGUUGGCAUGUAAGUCUCUAUGAAGACAUCUAUGAACGGUGGAACUUUACGACGACCCUGUUCCCUGCGAGUGUGGUGACACUGGGCUGCACGUGUGUUUGAUUACCGAUUAUGCAAAAGUGGAUUUUAAGACUUUAUUACCUGUUUUUCUUGUUAUUAUCUUUGAAUAAAACAAACUACAACAAAAA